AUGGCUUUUCUAUUGCUUUGCUUGGCUGUUUCCUGUGCAGCGAUCAAGAAGGACCACAUCAGUGGCGGAAGCAACGCGGACCAGGAGGAUUCCACUGACUCACUGCGUUUUCAGUCACCUCUCCCAGCCUCGCAUUGGUCCACAGAGGCAUCCUUGCCAGACAUAUCUUUGAUGCAGGUGUCUCUUGAAAUUGGUCCUUUCCCACGGGAUGAGACAGGCCACCAGAAGAAGAGCCAGAAAGGAGCUGGAGGUGUCGCGAUGGAUGUUACGAAGGCUCGCUCUGGACCAGUGGAGAAGGGUCUGGAUGCAGCCUGGCCAUCCAACAUGACAGCAGAGGAUACUGUGAGGCAAGCUGUCGCCGAAGCGUCGUCUGCAGCACAAAUUGCGAAGGACUAUGCCACGGCGUUUUCCAGAUCCUUGAAGGAUGCCUCCUGGCCCACAAGGCUUGUGACAGGUUCAUCAAAGGACCAAAAGCUCACCCACGAGGAAGCUCCAUCUCACAAAGUCCACCGACCUGUGGUGCGCACUGCCGGGCACGAGAAGGCUGAGUCGCUCGACUCAGUGUCCAGGUUUAUAAAGGAGUAUUUGUGCACCCGCUCUGCACUAUUGCGCCUUGCAACUUUGAUAUGUGGAUGUUUGGCAGUGCACUUGCUGCUCCGCUGGCUGCAUUUUGCACAAACCACGGCCGCAACUGCCUCGUGGAAGCAGGUUAAGGCCCGAGCUCGAGGCAAGAAGUUUGAUGCUGGCCAAGAGUACGAGCCAUCGAAGCAAGCUGGCCCAAAUCUGUACGAGCCCUCACUUUUUCAUGAAGAUCGAGACAAGAGGCUUGCCAUUCUUUGUGCACUUUUGACGUGGCCUUCCUGUGCAUGA